ACAUCGCCAGUCGCGGCCUAAAUCAGGCGAAUUCAGGCGCUGAAAUCACGAACGCUGACUCUGAGUUACUGAAAGUUCCCCAUGCGCUACAUGUCUACGGUGCUGUGUCUCUCUGGCCUCGAGCCCGACUGGUCGGCGCCCUUUUAUCUGAGUCCAUCAGCGCCCAAACCGCGCGUGUUCAGGAGGCCUGCCGCGCUUCAUCGCCACAAACCAUGCACUCUUAAACAGGUGGCAUCAGCCAGCUCAACGACGUUCCUACACCUUUCCUUAUACCACCAUGGCUAGCUGGGGAGCAUCUCAACCACCCUGGACCAGCGCGUACACUAGCGGCUACGCCCCCACCCCGCAACCCUCAUUCGCCGGCCAACCACCAGCCUACGGUGGACAGUAUUAUGGCCCAGGAGCUUGGCCACGUCCCUACGAUGCGCCCACUGCGGGCAAACACCCCGCCCCGCGAUCUUCCAAAUACCCCGAGUUGAACCCGAUGCUGGCGGAGGACGUAACGAUGCUGCGCGUUGACCUGCGCCAUAAGCCACGCUCAGAGGUCCUCGCCGCGACGUACUACACGACCCCGCGGGCGCCCGCGAUGUCCAAUCAUGCCUCGACGCUGCGGCUCGUGGCGCACGAUUUCCCCUGGACCAUCGAUAUCGUGAUGCAGAUGCCGGUGACGUGCGAGGCGGUAUGGGACGCGCUGUACAGCGCGCUGCAGGAGCCCUUGGCAGACUCGGAGUGGGGCUUGAUCGUCGGGGACAAGAAGGUACGCAAGAGGGUGCAGGACGCUGCGAAGAAGCGGAUCGACGCCGGGGACAAGGAUAAGGCCCUUAGAAGGAUAGACUUUCUGGGUGACACGAUCUUCUUCAAGGGAUUGGGGAAAGAUGAGGAGUUCGUGAAGCUCAGGCUUUUCCCCGGUACGAAGGAUGUGCCGGCUACCUGGGUAGUGAAGCUAGGUUCAUGAAUGUAUACUGUAUCUCAUCUCUGGGGGCUAUAGGUGGAGAUGGAUCACUUGAGAUGCUGUUUGGGGCUCCA